UUAUCGUUACGUCAUUGAGAAUUGCUCGUUGGAUAAAAUAUUUAAAUGAAAUAAUUAGUUGUUUGUUUAAUAAUCAAAUGACGCUCGUGAAAGUUAUUUACGAGCAAUGUGUUAUCAAAUAGGAAGCCAUACGCAGGCUCAAUACAGCCGUGUAUUAUACAUAUAUCGCGCGGUUAACAGCUUUUCUUACUAUGUAGGACAGUGAAGUUUUCCGUUCAUGAGCAAUUGUACCGAACGACGAUGAGAUAUAAUUAUCUAAUAUGUGCGUAGGUAUUCGGUUUUCACGCUCUUACUAGCUGCGUAUACCAUACUUUAUGAAAGAUCGCGAUUUAUAUACGAGAUUCACGUAUUAUUUUUAAUAAUAUACAAUAUAUUAAAUAAUUUACUGCAAUUAUAAUUUCAGUUUUAAAAAAAGCGCCAUCAUAUCGCGCUGAUUCAAAAGGUUCGAAAUCCCAAUCGAACGCGAAUCAAUCACUGUACAAUGCAAACCGCUCAUAACAAGCGAAUAUGACUCUUGACCCGAGUGUGCUACAGCGCAAACAUUCCAGACCCGAGUGCACAAGUAUAUCAAUGUGUACGAGUCUGAGCGCCACUAAUGACUCGUCGUCGCGCGCGAACACGUUUCAGCGAAAAUGCAACGUGUAUAGUCCUGUCUUGCCGCGAUCAAUAAGGCCUAAAAUAUAUAAAACAGCGACACGCUCGCUCUCAUCUUUUGGCUUCAAAGCAAGUGCAGACGCGAUUGUUUCAGCCCCCCCCCCCCUCUUACCUGUUGAGGAUCACGAAGCGGCGAGUGAAUGGAAAGUCGAAGAGAUGAAUUUAGAAAGACUUGUACUGCUGAAACUCUCGGCUAUUGUGUAUGUACAAGACGUGUACUGGGUCAUAUAGAUUCAGGUCGAUUUUUCGGGGCUGAUGCAGAAAUUAUUGAUGAGUCGAGCGAAAUCGAGAAUUUUUGCAAAAUUUGCAGGAAUUUUCAUUGCCCCGAGAAAAGUGAGAGGCGAGCGGUGCACGUGAGCUUAGAUGAUUAUUAUUGUAGGUGGAAUUCCUGAGAGUAUAGUGUAGCAACAAAUUGUGUACGAAGUAAUGCUGUUACGUUGUGUAAUUAAUACUCGCGAUGAUUUUAACGACUUUUGCUAUGGUAAGUAGAUACCGUCGGGUUUAGUCAGGCGAGUUAACUAAUGAUACAAAAGUAUAAAGUCGCGGAUAAUUCGUUCAAAAUAUAUUAAAAACAUCCCAUCGCUGCAGACGAAUUCCCGCCAAAAAUUCAAAUCCCUCACGCUGAAAAAGUCUGUUUCCCCUAGCACCAAAGUCCCUAGUCCUACCCCAGCGACGAUUGGCAAGUCUGACUCGCUGGGACAGAGAUGGUCGUCACAUGACAGCGACGGGUGUCUGCUGUUCUGGAGGUAGUUAUAUUUUCCCACACCCGAUCGAGCCAUCGGGGCCCCGAGAAUCCGACGACGCCGAGGACUUCCCCAGGAGCCGAGUCAGUUGAGUGGCUGUAUCCGUUUUGUGAAAACGACGCGACGCAUUUAAUCCCGGCUGAGCCAUGCAUCUGAGAUACAUCCUGAGCUCCGCUUUCGUGGGCACCGCUACGGCUGCCUCCACGAUUCUAGUGCUCUACUACAUGUUCACUGGCAAGGGAGAACAAGUUAGCAUUGGCUGGUUCCUCGAGAAUGCUUCGCCUUACAUGUGGGCCACUCUUGGCAUUGGACUUACUGUCGCACUCUCCGUUGUUGGUGCUGCAUUAGGCAUACACACAACUGGAGUCUCCAUCAUUGGAGGUGGUGUAAAAGCACCACGUAUCAAAACCAAGAACUUGAUCUCUGUUAUCUUCUGUGAAGCUGUUGCUAUUUAUGGACUCAUUACAGCCAUUGUACUUUCUGGAAUGCUUGAAGCAUUCAGUGAAGAGAAACUAGAAGCAAAUCUUGCCCUCAAGGGCCAGAACUUUAUGGCAGGACACUUGAUGUUUGGAGCUGGUCUUGCUGUGGGGCUUGUUAAUCUUUUCUGUGGUAUUGCUGUUGGAAUCGUUGGUUCUGGUGCAGCUCUUUCGGAUGCUGCCAAUUCGGCCCUCUUCGUGAAAAUCCUCAUUGUCGAAAUUUUCGGCUCUGCCAUUGGUCUCUUUGGACUGAUUGUUGGCAUUUACAUGACUUCAAAAGUCAGGAUGGGAAAUGACACCAAGUAAGCAGCUGAUUUUCAAUAGCUCAUAUUCGCGCAAAAAACAAAGUAUUACAACAUCCGUUCUACAAAGAAAAAAGUAAUAAUAACUUUUCUUCCUUGGAAAAUCGAUACUUUACCAGCUAAAACAGAAGAAACGAGUAAAUGAAUCAUUUAACUCGUUGGGUACAAAAUUUACAAAAAAAGACAAAAAAAUAAGUAUGAAUAUAUAUAUAUUAUACACCACUUUUAUGCGGAGAUUUGAGUAACCGUCGACGCGUUUCACGCGUAAAGGAAGACUAAAUCACAGUCUUCAAAGUCAUGUCGCUUCACUUUGAGACGAGCUCCCAUCUCAAAGCCGACCGACAAGUUUGUUGUAUCCUCGUUACUACGAUGUAAUUGUUGUAAAUAUUAUUUAAGCCGCUGCGUUCAACAUUUAUUAUUUCUCCCGAUUGUUCAUAACACACGUUUGCACAUAAUCUAGAACAAAAUUUAAGUAUCUGUUCAAUUGUACAUCGCGGACAAUAUAUAGCUGUUGUGUUUCAAGUGAAACGUUUGAUUGAGUCGCAUUCCAAGAUAAUAAAAGUCGAUUUUUGUGAAAUAAAAACACUUUAAUUCCUCAAAAUUUAUAUAAAAGUAACCAUAUUUAAUCAUUUUAUUUGAUUUAACAUGCAUAUAUAUAUAUAUAGUAUAAAAAAUAUAUCUAAUAUAAAUGUAAAUAUGUCAUAGUAAACAGAGGCAAAGGCACUUUGUAGCAUCUGACAAUACUUCAGAUAGCAGUAAAUUCAUAUAAAACAUUGGCCUCCACCAUCAAUUAAUUAUAAUUGUAAUUUUGUAUCUAAUUACAAUUGUAAUUAACAAGUAGAAUGAAAAUAAAAUUUCCGUUAAAAAAA